UAUUUGUUCUUGAGUCUUGGCGGGAAUUUAUUUUAAGUUAACAUCCAAAACCAGCACUAAUCUACAACCGUUUCCUCAUCAAGAACACGACGUUCUAUGUUGCCGACUAAUGCACACUAGAUGUUUGAUAUAUUAACACAGUGAACUCCAGUUCACAUUUUCCUUAAAAUCUCACACCACUUGCAAUGAAUAUCACUCGUCUUUCGCGUGCCAUAAUCCCCUUCAACCAUCAAGUUCGCUACUUUGUUAGAGACCCAUUUCCUAACAAGCUCACCCAUUACCUCCGCCGUGCCGAGCUAAUUAAUUCAAUUAGACUUGUUCUUCGUUCAGACAAUCCCAAUUCACUCCAAAUCAUCAUCAAUACUCGUCUUUUGGACACUUUUGUGGUCACUCAGGCUCUACGUUCUGCACCUAAUGCUGAUGCCGCUCUUUCUUUUGUUGAUUCAUUAAAGAAAAUAGAUAAUACAGCGCAUCUUUCUCGGCAUCAAAGUACCCUCCAUGCGCUGGCCACGGUGCUAGCCAGGUGGCAGCGGGGUUUGGAACUGAAAGCUUUGAUUGGUGAAAUUAAUGAGGGGAAAUAUGGUAAUGUUCGCUUUAGUUUUAUGAACCUUAUGCAAUGGUAUGCUGCCACUGGAGAUCUAGAGGCAGUUUUAGAUGUUUGGAAGCAGUAUAGAAACGGUGAUAAGCGUGUGUGUACUGAGUCAUAUAAUAUUGUCAUGAGUUUGUAUGCUCAGAAGGGGAGGGAUUGUGAGGCUGUAAGGGUUUUUUAUAGGAUGAUUCAUGAAGGGGCGAUUCCGAAUUCUAGAACAUAUACAGUUAUGAUUGAGCAUCUUGUUAAUUCGGGGAAAUUGGAUCCAGCAAUUGAGAUUUUUAGUGUAUUGCCGUUAAUGAGGAUUAAACGAACUUUAAAGCAGUAUUUGGUUUUGGUUGAAGGGUUUGUGGGUUUGGAACGGUUUGAUGGAGUUAGAACUUUGCUGGAUGAAAUGCGGGCUGAUGGGAAGUUUCCUGGCCGUGCCAUGCGUAAGGCCCUACAUUGUUUGCGAGGGGCAGGGUUCGUUGAGGAAACAGAAGAUUUUCUGAAGGAAAUGUUUCCGGACGAGAGAAUCAAGAGUAUAAGCACUUGUAGGGAUAUCAGUUUUGGUGAGGAUGCUGAUGAGGAUGAGGAUGAGGAGACUGAUGAGGAUGAAAACCAUGGUGGUGCUUUUGCAGAUAUACAAGAAGUUCGGUUGAAACCAUGGUUGGACCCAAGAGCUUUGGCUAAGGCCUUGAAUAAAUGGAGCCCUGAUGUGGUGUCCGCAUUGCAGGAUGCGAAAUUUGUUUGGACCACUCGGUUGGUUUGGAAAGUUCUUAGAAACAUUAAUUCACCAGAAACAGCUUGGGAUUUCUUCUGUUGGGUUGCUUAUCAGCCGGGAUUCACUCAUGAUGUUUAUACAGUUCAACGAAUGAUGACACUUUUAGCGAAACAUGGAAAGGUUGAAUUGGUUGAUCAACUCAUAACCAAGAUAAGAAGUGAGGGAAUGAGGUUGCCUUUUAGCACCAUCAGAUUGAUUAUUGACUUCUGUGGUAUUUCAAAGAAUGCCGAUGCUGCUCUAAAGGUCUUCCGCGAGGACAGAGCACUCUGUGGUCCCAUAACAAAAUAUAAUCUGAUGCUUUUGUAUUCAUCUCUCAUACGAACAUUGACCAAGUGCAAGAGAGAUUCUGAUGCCAUUGACGUGCUUGAAGAGAUGAUUUUAUGUGGGAUAUGCCCAGAUAUUCAGACAUUUUCUGGAUUGAUGUAUCACUUUGCAUCGCAAGGAGAUAUUAAAACCGUGCAGAAACUGUUAACAAUAGUUCGGCAGAGCGAUGUAGAACCAGAUGCUUACAUGUACAAAGUAUUGAUCCAAGCUUAUUGCAAAUGUGAUAGAGCUGCUCUUGCAUGGAGGAUUUUUGAAGACAUGAAGAACUCAAAUUUGAUACCUGAUGUUGCAACAAAAGAUUUGCUUGUGAAGAGUCUUUGGAAGGAAGGCAAGCUGAAAGAGGCUGCCACUGUGGAAGAAAGCUGCGACGGAAUAAAUUCUGUCCUUCCACUUAAACAGCAUGGUCAUAAAUGGACAUUGAGCUCUGCGGAUCUCGCAAAAGUCUAUAAUCUCUAUUCAAACAGUUUUAAGUUGAGCAAUGGCCACUAGCUAGUGUUUGCUAUGGAUUAAGAAAAUAAGCAGUGGUCACUUUAAAAACCAUAUGUUUGCAUUCCAUUAUAUCAUAAUAUUAUAGAAAAACAAUGCCUUCUUCCUUUGCUCU